CUCCGGGACACGGCAAUUUGGCCACAGAAUUGAGUCUCGAGGGGUGUAAUGCGCGAGGAUUGCUUUUGAGAGUUUGAUAGGAAGAAGGAUUCAGAAGGAUCAAGAAGGAUUUCAGGCUGGUGUUGAGAUUUGGUGGCCAUGGCGGGGUUGCUGCUGCAAGUGGGGCGGUGUGGAGGGACUUUUUCGCUCUCGUCUUUGGCAUUCUCGUCGUCUGCUCACGUAAAGGGAUCGUCUCCAGGGGUCCGUGUCUCAGUUUCAGAGCAGAAGGAUGUUGAGAAACAACGAUCCGGAAGUCGCUGCCACGUCGUCCAGGUCUCUGCGAGCCUGCAGAGCAUGAUGUCGGACAUGAGCAGGAAAGCGCCGAAGGGGCUUUUCCCACCCGAGCCCGAGGCGUACAAAGGUCCGAAGCUGAAGGUUGCGAUCAUUGGCGCUGGGCUUGCUGGCAUGUCUACGGCAGUGGAGCUUUUGGAGCAAGGCCACGAGGUGGAUAUAUAUGAGUUGCGGAAGUUUAUCGGUGGAAAAGCAGGGUCCUUCAAAGACAAGAAUGGAAACCAUAUCGAGAUGGGGCUGCACGUCUUUUUUGGAUGCUACAAUAAUCUCUUUCGCCUUUUGGCUAAGGUUGGAGCAGACAAUAAUUUGCUACUGAAGGAUCACACUCAUACUUUUAUUAACAAGGGUGGCGACGUCGGGGAGCUGGACUUCAGAUUUCUAGUCGGAGCUCCUCUGCACGGCAUGAAAGCAUUUAUCGCCACAAACCAACUUGAACCUUUCGAUAAGGUAGCGAAUGCAGUGGCUCUGGCAACUAGUCCAGUUGUGCGAGCAUUGGUUGAUCCGGAGGGGGCUAUGCGCGACAUUCUGGAUUUGGACAAGGUGAGCUUCUCAGUUUGGUUCAUUUCUCACGGCGGAACUCGCGUGAGUAUCAAGAGGAUGUGGGAUCCUAUAGCGUAUGCCCUAGGCUUCAUAGAUUGUGAUAAAAUCAGCGCCCGGUGCAUGCUCACCAUUUUUUCUUUCUUUGCAACCAAAACUGAGGCAUCCGUGUUGCGUAUGCUUAAUGGAUCUCCUGAUGAACGCUUGAAUGGGCCCAUUGCAAAGUAUAUCAAGGAGAAUGGUGGCCGCUUCCACUUGCGAUGGGGAUGUCGUGAGGUUCUUUAUGACCGCACUUCCGAGGGAAAGACGUAUGUGACAGGAUUAGUGAUGACAAAGGCAACUGAGAAGCAGAUUGUCAAGGCAGAUGCGUACGUGGCAGCAUGUGAUGUGCCAGGAAUACAUAGACUCUUGCCAAAGCCGUGGCGUGAGUGGGAAUUUUUCGACAAUAUCUACAAGCUUCUGGGAGUCCCCGUGGUGACAGUGCAGCUGCGGUUCAAUGGCUGGGUUACUGAAAUGCAGGAUUUGGAGGCUUCAAGGCAGUUGCAACGAGCUGUUGGGUUGGACAAUCUUCUGUAUUCAGCUGAUGCUGACUUCUCAUGUUUCGCGGAUCUCGCAUUGACUUCACCUGAGGAUUACUUCAAAGAAGGAGAAGGAUCUCUUAUUCAAGCGGUUUUGACUCCGGGAGACCCAUACAUGCCCUUGUCCAACGAACAGGUGGUGAAGAACGUGCAUGAACAGGUUCUGCGUCUCUUCCCCUCAGCUAAUGAGCUUGAGAUGACUUGGUCAUCAGUGGUGAAAAUUGGGCAGUCAUUGUACCGUGAGGCUCCAGGCAUGGAUCUCUUCAGACCGGACCAGAAGACACCUGUCUCCAACUUCUUCCUCUCAGGCUCCUACACCAAGCAGGAUUACAUUGACAGCAUGGAGGGAGCGACUCUUUCAGGACGGCAGACGUCUGCUCGAAUCAACGAAGUGGGUCCAUUCCUUCACGACCUGCGACAUAAAGUCGCCAAGACAAAAUCAGAGGCGUCCCCAGGAUCAGCUACCGAUGAGUUGACAUUUGUGUAAAAGGUGAUCUGUGAGGAUUUCAGUUUUAGAAACUUGUGGUUAUAUUGCCUCAAGGAAAAGCUUGUGGAGGCACUGAUCCCACCUCACUAGUACAAGCACGAGGAGACGGAAGCUAUUGUAGACUCAUUUACUUCAUUUUUUAUAUUUUAUAGUUUUUUCUCAUUUGAACACGUACAGUGCCGAGAAUGUACCCAACAACGUGCUAGUAAACAAAUGGGUUAGGAAGACUUAUGUAGACUUAUGGUAGAGGUAGCAAACAAGCUGCCGAAAGGGAUAAACAGUAAACAAAUUGGAAAACACGGACUUACUCUGAACUCUCACCUCAAGUUGGAAAUGUUGCAACUCAUCCUUGAGUGAUGAGCACAAUGUGCGUGUUUGUCAUAGUUUUUGAGA